AUGCAUGCUCAAGCGAUCCUUUAUGCUGUCUAUAUGCUAAUUCUUUCUAUAUAUGUCCUUUAUUUUAUUGAAGAAAAAACUGUGUUGUCGAUUUUAUUUGCAAUUAGCAUGCUUUUAUCAGUAUAUGAAGCAUACCAGCUGUGGGCUUCUCCAAUGAGCUAUGCUAAAGAUUUAUGAAAUUAUAUUGACACAGCAAGAACUUUAUCUUCAAUUCUAUAUUUCGCUAUUAGCCUUAACCCUCAAGACUGAGAAAUAAACCAUGACAUCCUUGUCUUCUUACUCCCCCCCAAUCCUUGAUCGAACGACUUGCCAUCGUUCGAUCAAGGAUGGGGGUUAAAAAAAAAUUUUUUUGGGAAAAAAAAUUAUAUAUAAAAUAAAAAAAUAUAUAUAUAUAUUUUUUUUAUUUACUUUUAAAUAAGAGGGUUAAGAGUAUUUAAUAAUUAUUUUUACAGCAAAAAAUUGAAUUAAUUUCAUAAAAUACCAAUUUUUUAAUAUUUUGAUUUAGUAGUUACCCUUUUAAACUGUAUAAAUUUUAAUUUUGUUUCUUAUUGAAUUAAAUUUUUUUUUUUUUUUAACUCCCCCCCUUUAAAUUGGAACAAAAUAUCGGUAAAAUUUCCACUUUUUUGGUAAAUUAACCCCCUUUAAAUUGGAACAAAAUUUAAUUUUAUAAUAAAAAAAUUUAUAUAAUUUUUAUCUAAAAAGUUUUGAUAUAAGUAAAAUGUUUCUUCUUAACUAAAAUUAAAAAUUUAGUUAUAUCUUGCUCUUUUUUAAAGAACAAAGUAUAAAGAGCAUCUUAUUUAAAUAAAUUUAUUAUCCUUAAUUGCUAAAUUUUAAAAACAAAAUUUUUUUUUUUUAAAUAUUUUCAAAAAAAUUUUUGUUUUUUUUGAUAAAAAUGAUAUUUUUUAUUUAAAUAGUUUUGAUAUAAAUUCAAUAGGAAUUCUUUAUAAAAUUUCGAAAUUUACAUAUUUCUUGCUUUAUUUAAAAGAAUAUAGUAUAAAUAACAUCUAUUUAAACAAAAUUAGCACUUUGAUCGAUAAAUUUUCUAAAAUUUUUUUUUUUUUUAAUUUUUUUUAUCAAUAAAAAUAAUAAUUUUUUUGUGUAAAUAAUUUUGAUACCGACUAAUAGUGGUGUAUUAACUAAUAAUGAAAAUUUAGUUAUAUCUUGCUUUUUUUUAAAGGAUAAAGAGUAAAUAGAAUUUUAUUAGACAAAUUUAUUAAUCUAAUUCGAUAAGUUUUUGAAUUGUUUUUUUUUUUAAAUUUUUAUAUAUUUUUUAUAAAAAAUUUUAUAAUAAUAUUUUUUUUUAAAAAAAAAAAUUAACCCCCUUUAAAUUGGAACAAAAUUUUUAGUUCCAAUUUAAAGGGGGGGAGUAAAGAAUCUCUAUUUUUUAGAUUAUUGAAUUUUUAAGCCUAGGUCGAUGGCUAAAUCACUUCGAAUGGUUGAUUUCGCAGCUUUCUGUUGUCUCAAAACUCUCAAAACAACUUCAUUAGGUACAUCUUCCCAAGUUUUUUAUAGCUAAAAUAUUUUUAUAUAUAUAAAUAUUUGCAUGAUAUGAAAAUCAUUCGAUCAAGGAUGGGGGUUUAAUUUCCCCAAUUUUUAGGAAUUUUACAGUCAAUCGUUCGAUCAAGGAUGGGGGGAGGGAGUUAGUCAUAAUUUCCUGGCUGAGAGGGAUUUCUUAUUUCAGAAUAUUCCAAAACACCCGGUAUAUGGUAAAUUUGAUAUCUGAAGUCAUAAAAGACAUGACUUCUUUUUUAAUUUUAUUAUUCUACUCCACCCUUUCUUUUGCUUUUAUAUUUUUAGUUUUAGACGAAAAUGAUCCAAAAUUCUUAGACUACCUGAAAAUGUCAUACAGAUUCGACGUUGGGGAUUUUGAUACGUCUGGAAUGAGCUCAAUUGAAUGGGUUUGCUUUAUUUUAGUGACUUUGAUUAAUAUGAUUGUAAUGCUGAAUCUGCUGAUAGCGAUUAUAGGUAAUACGUUUGGAAAGGUUCAAGAAAAUUAUCAGAUAGCUGACACACAUGAGCUGGUAGGGAUGAUUAUUGAAAUAGAAACAAUGCUGGUUAAAAAUAGAAAAAUUUCAGAUCCUUGCUAUUUCCAAAUGUGCAUUGACAGUAACUCUAAUGAUAAUAAAGAUGAAACUGACAAAACAAUUCCUUUGAAAAAACAUAUUAAAACCCUCCAAGCUGAAAUAGCGAAGGUUAACGAGGAAGUUAAUGCUGUGAAGGCAAGCACAGCGAAUAUUGAAAAACAAUUGGAGAUGCUUAUUGAGAUGAAAGGGAAAAGUGAUGAGCAGAAGCCUAAUUAA